AUGGACUCUACUCUCUUGACACUGGCCGCAACGUCCGUGCCCUACCAACGACUUCCUGAUCAGCCAACGCCAAUGGCCACCUCAACACGCAACGAGCAUGAACAGACUCUAGUCUCUCGGUGCAAGGACAAGAUGCAAGCGCUUCGUGCCAGAGCAAGGAGAGCUCUCGAGGCCAAAAGCCUCCGGCUUCAACAGCGCGUCCAGAAACUGCGAAGACAGAUGCGUUUUCACGAAGAAAGUCGGCGGGCAAAGUAUGCAGCGAAGUCUACGCAGAGGAAGGAAGAGAAGAAGGCGCGGAAGGAGGGAAACAAGGUUAGGAUGGAGAAGUUUUACUAUUCUCAACAACAGUUCCCUAUUCGCUUCGCAAAUCGAGAUUUCCCUACAAAGCAUAUCAGCGUUACCACCUCCUCAGAACCUUUUCACUGCACCAAAUUACAAUCACAAAACGUAUUCCGCUUCUUCCAACUAAUCGUGAAAGCAGGUUCAUCCCGCAUUGCACAAACACGCGCCUCCCACCUUGCGCAGAUACAAGAAAUUAAUCGGGAAGGUCAAGUCGCGCAAAUGAUGGGAUUCUGCCACCGCAAAUCAUCAUCUUCACCACCAGCAGGAAGCAAUAGCGGACAAGCAGCGAUCAGUACCCCCCGCUCUAGUCCUCCGCAACAAGGCCCAUCUGGCGCUGCAGGCCAGAACAGUGGAAGAGCAAUCGAUGCACCUGCCCAAGAGCUCUUCGAUUCUCAAGCUGGGACGUUUGGUGUUUGGAUGGGGACGCCUCUGGAGACAGGCAGUCCUGCACCUGAGGAAUUUUAUCGGUCUACAAGUACUUAUAGGGCGAUGGCAGAGAGACAAGCUCCCGCGUUGAGUCGAAGGCCGGCGACACCUUACCCGACACUGAUGACUUCACAACAACAUCCCGCCACUGUGCCUCUGAUAAGAGGAACAUUCAUGGGUGAUCAGAUACCGCCAAGUAUCGACAAUCCUCCUCGCUUCCCUCUUGCACCCAGCCGGCAUGAUCUCAGAGAUUUCAACCGCGAAUUCGGGCAAGAAAUACAACGUCCUGCUGUCAUGUUAAGACAGCCUGGGCCCUUCCCAGCCCCAACAACAGUCCCCCUUUCCGCAGCCGAAAGACAAAAUCUCCGCCCAAUACGCCCGCAUCAACCCCGUCUUCCUGCUGACUACCGUGCCGAAACGCCUUUUAGCUGGCAGCAGCCACUGAGUCCGUUGCCGCUUGUGACUGCACCGAAUCCAAACACCAUCACGCUUCACAACAGGCACUACAAUGGACUGCGGGUAGGCGGCGUGGAGCUUGAGAAUACGUCGAUACAGCGGGUUUUGGCGUCGGGAGAGAUAGCUCGGCGGUCAGUUUGGCCGGAAGAGCGGCGGGAGAUUCAGAAGGAGUUGUUAGAUAUGACGAUGAAUUUGGCGAGGGCGGAGGGGGUUGUGGAAGAUGAGGAUAGGGAAGGAGGACAUGAUUUGCAGAUUGAGGUUGAUGGGAAGAAGGAGAAGAAGAAGAAGAAGAAGCACAACGGUUUAGAAAUUAUCUUGCCAUGUAAUACGCAUGCAAUGAUGCUCGCACACAACGAAAUCAGCGUUCUCGUACUCCCAUCCCCUCGCGUUCGCAAUCCUGUGUCUUCGCGCCGCUCUCGUGGACAAGUGGCUCACGCCACACCAUCCGAUACAGUCUUCCCCAUGCGCAUUCCCGUCACUCCGAAGACCUCUGACACUCUCGUCAUCACACGGCCCCGUCUCCCAAUGUCGACUAUACACCGCCAUCAUCGCGACGUCGAUGGUCGCGAGCUCGAUGCACGUCGCAUCGGACCGACGAUCUGA